AGCUUCAGUUCAGUUCCGAACCCUUGUGCUGAGUACCAGAGAAAUCUUUCGAAGAUUAUCGAGCAAAUCCGAGCAAAAAACGACUGGCAUGAAAUGCCCCACGGUCUAAAGUGAAACAAAAAAAACCCUUUUCAAUUGGCUCAACCUAUCUGAAAUUAAUUAAACAAAAACACUCUGGGACAUAUUUCGAACUUGUGAAAUAUUCCCAAUACACCCAUUUGUGGCAGACUUUGACUUUGGCCUUUGAAUGCUUUUGGAGCAGCGCGAGAAAAUCAUCAACCACAAUCAGCAUUUCGCAGAGUGCUGGAACCGAAGCUCUCCAAAGAACUUUGAAUUUAUUUCCUUUUUGAGCGUUGUUUCCCUGAGUGUAGCUAAGAUGGCCGCCAUUCCCCAAGGUGCAUUCGCCGCCUGCAAGAUCCGAGAGCAAUUCAACGAGCGGGAGCUGAUUGUCGCCCGUCUGAGGUCCGCUGCUUCCGAUAAGGGUUCCGUUGACAACGGCAACGCUUCAACCCAGCGCGAAUAUUCCCCAAACAAGUACAACGACAAGUUAAUGAACUCCAUCUGGGGAUUGUACAAUCGCUAUUCCCCCCACAAUGUGAAGAAGAAUGAGUACGCCCCCACCAAGUGAAGACCAAAAGGUGGGCACAGUGGCUUCCUCAAGGUCCAGCCGUCGUGCCCCCACUCUGCCACCAUCCCUACCAGGAUGAUGGCCCAACUUAUAUAUAUACUCCCAAAACUGUAAUCUCCCACUAUGUACCUAUAAUCUCAAGUAAUCAAUUUAUUCUAUAUACCUACCUAUGAUAUUAUAUUUAAAUGGAUACUGCAAUAGUAUACCAAAAACCUUUAAGUAAUCCAUUAAAACACCUUAAAACUUCA